AGAGAAGAGGAACUCCCUUACAGGGACUCGUGAAGACCCUGAGCACCGCAGAUUUCCUGCUUCCACUACAUUGCUGGAUCUCAAAACACUUGUUCUCAUCCGUUUCUUUCCAGAAGGCUAUGUUGUUGGGGUUUUGAAGACAUGAAAACAUCAGAUGAGCCAACCUGCAACAACAUGGAUUCCCAGGGGCAGAGCGAGAGAAGCUUCAAAGAAUGUGGCCGAUAAAGACGGGUGGUACCUGGAAAUCAUAACUGACUCACACUGUAAAAAUGAGACUGGUUUCUAAACAAUAGAGAUUAUUUUAGGCCGCCAUCAAAGUUCAAGACAAAAUGUUGAAAUAAAAACUUUACACUCCCCACCCCUCCCUUCGGGCAGGUACCAGCAUUGGUGAAUUAUGAUUUUCCUUAAUCAGAAGCAUUCAUUUUUACCCAUGUAGACCACCUAUAAGAAUUAAAUAUCAGUUAUUUAAUGUAGACUAAUAAUGGGAAACUGAUUUAUCACAAUGGCAGAUUUUAAGGACUUGGUUCCAAACUGAGCUGAAGCUUCCCAAUGCGUUUUGUACCGUCUGGGAAACACUGUGCUGCGCUGGCCUGUCUUUGAAGGCCAUCAUGCCAUGUAAGAUAAGGAUAUCAUCGUAUUGCUGAUAUCUUUGAAGAGUCCCAAGCAGACACAGAAAAUGAAUGGAGGCAAGGAGUGUGACGGAGGGGACAAGGAUGGGUGUCUUCCAGCUAUACAAGUUCCUGUGGGUUGGCAGCGUCGAGUGGAUCAAAGUGGAGUGCUCUAUGUCAGUCCCAGUGGGUCUUUGCUAUCUUGCUUGGAGCAGGUUAAAACAUACCUGCUUACUGACGGAACAUGCAAGUGUGGUUUGGAAUGUCCUCUGAUCCUCCCCAAGGUGUUUAAUUUUGAUCCCGGAGCUGCUGUGAAACAGAGAACUGCAGAGGAUGUUAAAGCCGACGAAGAUGUCACCAAGCUAUGCAUACAUAAGAGAAAGAUUAUUGCAGUGGCCACACUUCAUAAAAGCAUGGAAGCCCCACAUCCUUCUCUGGUGCUCACCAGUCCUGGAGGAGGGACGAAUGCAACUCCAGUAGUACCUUCUCGGGCAGCAACUCCAAGAUCAGUGAGAAAUAAGUCGCAUGAAGGAAGUACAAAUUCUGUAAUGCCCGAAUGCAAGCAUCCUUUCAAGUUCAUGACUGGAUCAUCUAAUACCACGGGAAGGUUGUAUGUACAAGAACUGCCUGGGAGCCAGCAACAAGAACUCCACCCCGUCUACCCCCGGCAGAGAUUGGGCAGCAGUGAACAUGGACAGAAAUCUCCAUUCCGUGGCAGCCAUGGGGGCCUGCCCAGCCCAGCGUCAUCAGGAUCCCAGAUAUAUGGAGAUGGCUCAAUCUCGCCAAGGACUGACCCGCUUGGAAGCCCUGAUGUUUUCACAAGAAAUCAUCCUGGUUUUCAUGGAGCUCCCAAUUCUAGUCCCAUUCACCUGAAUAGGACUCCACUUUCUCCACCUUCAGUAAUGCUCCAUGGCUCUCCUGUACAGUCAUCCUGUGCAAUGGCUGGAAGGACUAACAUACCUCUUUCCCCAACCUUGACUACCAAGAGUCCAGUAAUGAAAAAACCAAUGUGUAACUUUUCAACUAACAUGGAAAUACCACGAUCGAUGUUCCACCACAAACCACCCCAAGGCCCACCACCCCCUCCUCCACCUUCAUGUGCUCUUCAGAAAAAGCCAUUAACAUCCGAGAAAGACCCACUUGGCAUUCUUGACCCUAUUCCUAGUAAACCGGUGAAUCAGAACCCUGUUAUCAUUAAUCCAACCAAUUUCCAUUCAAACGUCCACUCUCAGGUACCUGUGAUGAAUGUAAGCAUGCCUCCUGCUGUUGUUCCUUUGCCAAGUAAUCUCCCUUUGCCAACUGUAAAACCUGGUCACAUGAAUCACGGGAGUCAUGUACAAAGAGUUCAACAUUCAGCUUCAACCUCCCUGUCCCCUUCUCCAGUGACAUCCCCAGUGCACAUGAUGGGGACUGGAAUUGGAAGGAUUGAGGCAUCCCCCCAAAGAUCACGUUCAUCUUCCACAUCAUCAGAUCAUGGAAAUUUCAUGAUGCCACCUGUAGGACCCCAGGCCACUUGCAGUGGUAUUAAGGUUCCACCCAGGUCACCACGGUCAACAAUAGGGUCCCCAAGACCAUCAAUGCCAUCAAGCCCUUCUACCAAGUCCGAUGGAUAUCACCAGUACAAGGAUAUCCCUAAUUCAUUAAUUGCUGGAAUGAGUAAUGUACUAAAUACCCCAAGCAGUGCAGCCUUUCCUACUGCACCUGCCGGAAGUGGUUCUGUAAAGAGUCAGCCUGGUUUGCUGGGAAUGCCUUUAAAUCAGAUCUUGAACCAGCACAAUGCUGCCUCCUUUCCAGCAAGUAGUUUACUCUCAGCAGCAGCCAAAGCACAGCUAGCAAAUCAAAACAAACUUGCUGGUAACAACAGUAGCAGCAGUAGCAAUUCUGGAGCUGUUGCCGGCAGCGGCAACACUGAAGGACAUAGCACUUUAAACACCAUGUUCCCUCCUACUGCCAACAUGCUUCUCCCAACAGGUGAAGGGCAAAGUGGUCGAGCAGCACUAAGAGAUAAGCUGAUGUCUCAGCAAAAAGACUCAAUGCGGAAAAGAAAACAGCCGCCUACCACAGUAUUGAGCUUGCUCAGACAGUCUCAAGUGGAUAGUUCUGCAGUUCCUAAGCCUGGACCCGACCUGCUAAGGAAGCAGGGUCAGGGUCCAUUUCCCAUCAGUUCAAUGUCUCAGUUACUUCACUUGAGUAGCAAUAGUACCCCGGUUUGCGGGGGCUCAAAUACUGCUUUGCCUUGCUCUGCUAACCAGCUGCAUUUUACAGAUCCCAACAUGAGCUCCAGUGUUCUUCAGAACUCACUGGCACAGAACAUACCUCUGAGAGGGGAAGCUGUGCACUGCCACAAUGCAAAUACUAACUUUGUUCACAGUAACAGUCCAGUCCCGAACCACCGUCUUGCAGGUUUGAUCAAUCAGAUUCAGGCUAGCGGGAACUGUGGGAUGCUCAGUCAGUCGGGCAUGGCUUUAGGAAAUUCAUUACAUCCCAAUCCACCUCAGUCAAGAAUUUCAGCGUCCUCCACUCCAGUGAUACCAAACAGCAUUGUUAGCAGCUAUAAUCAAACAAGUUCUGAAGCAGGUGGCUCAGGACCAUCGUCCUCCGUAGCGAUAGCUGGCUCCAGUCAUCCGGCCAUCACAAAGACAACCUCUGUUCUUCAAGAUGGCGUCAUCGUCACCACCGCAGCCGGGAACCCACUGCAGAGUCAGCUGCCCAUUGGGAGUGAUUUUCCUUUUGUUGGCCAGGAGCACGCACUUCAUUUUCCACCCAACAGCACGUCCAACAACCAUCUUCCACACCCCUUGAACCCCAGCCUCCUCAAUUCUCUACCUAUCUCUUUGCCAGUGAAUCAACAGCAUCUCCUAAACCAGAAUCUAUUAAAUAUCCUCCAGCCUUCAGCAGGAGAAGGCAAGUCUGAGAUCAACCUCCACCCUUUAGGUUUUCGCAACCCGAAUGUAAACGCUGCGUUAGCUUUUCUCUCCAGUGACAUGGAUGGGCAGGUAUUGCAGCCUGUCCACUUUCAGCUCUUAGCAGCCCUGCUUCAGAACCAAGCCCAAGCAGCUGCCAUGCCUCCCCUGCCUUCUUUCAAUCUGACCAUCUCAGAUUUCUUGCAACAGCAAAAUACCCCUUUACCCUCAUUAACACAGAUGACAGCCCCACCAGACCAUGUGCCAAGCAAUCAGUCAGAGAACAGUCGAGCUGAGACCCUUUUAACCAGCCCCCUGGGGAAUCCUUUACCAAGCUUUGCAGGCAGUGACACUACUUUUAACCCCCUGUUCCUCCCAGCUGUCACUGGGGCCUCAGGAUUAAUGGUCUUGAAUCCCCAGCUGUUGGGAGGUGUCCUGAACUCGGCAUCGGCCAACACGGCUAAUCAUCCAGAGGUUUCCAUAGCAACCUCCCAGGCAACCACUACCACAACCACUACAUCAUCAGCAGUGGCAGCACUGACUGUCUCAACACUUGGUGGGACAGCAGUGGUGUCAAUGGCAGAAACAUUGCUGACUAUAUCUAAUAAUGCUGGGAACACAACGGGUCCAGCUAAACUCAACAGUAACUCUGUGGUGCCACAGCUACUUAACCCUCUACUGGGGACAGGUCUGCUUGGUGACAUGUCAUCAUUAAAUAAUACUUUGAAUAACCAUCAACUGACGCAUCUACAGUCCCUGUUAAACAACAAUCAGAUGUUUCCUCCAACUCAGCAGCCACAGCAGCUUCUCCAGGGUUACCAGAAUCUCCAGGCAUUUCAAGGACAGCCCGCAAUUCCUUGUCCGGCAAACAACAACCCCAUGGCUUGUCUUUUUCAGAACUUCCAGGUGAGAAUGCAGGAGGAUGCGGCUCUCCUAAACAAAAGACUGAGCAAUCAGCCCGGGCUCACAGCACUUCCGGAGAAUCCCAACACUACACUUGCGCCUUUCCAAGAUGCACCUUGUGAGCUGCCGCCGCGGAUGGACCCACCUCUUGGUCAGCAGGUGAAGGACGGCCUCGUCGUGGGUGGCCAAGGUGAUGCUUCCGUCGAUGCCAUUUACAAAGCAGUCGUGGAGGCAGCCAGCAAAGGUAUGCAGGUUGUCAUCACCACUGCAGUCAACAGCACCACUCAGAUCAGCCCCGUUCCGGCGCUGAGUGCCAUGAGUGCCUUCACCGCCUCCAUUGGUGACCCGUUGAAUCUCUCCAGUGCUGUCAGUGCGGUCAUCCAUGGGCGGAACAUGGGAGCUGUCGACCACGAGGGCAGGCUGAGGAAUGCAAGAGGGGCUCGGCUGCCCACAACUCUCGACCACGGGAAGAACGCCAACGAAGGAGAUGGGUUUGAGUAUUUCAAAUCAGCAAGUUGCCAAGCAUCCAAAAAACAGUGGGAUGGGGAACAGAGUCCUGGAGGGGAGCGAAACAGGUGGAAGUGCGAGGAAUUUUUAGAUCAUUCAGGCCAUCUACACAGUAGUCCUUGUCAUGAACGAUCCAACAAUGUCUCCACACUGCCAUUUCUGCCUGGGGAACAGCACCCAAUAAUGUUACCACCAAGAAACUGUCAAGGGGACAAGAUUCUGGAAGAAAAUUUCAGGUAUAAUAACUACAAAAGAACUUUGAUGAGUUUUAAGGAUAGACUAGAGAACACUGUGGAGAGAUGUGCACACAUUAAUGGGAACAGAGCCCGACAGAGUCGGGGCUUCGGGGAACUGCUGAGCACGGCAAAGCAUGACCUAGUCCUAGAGGAACAAUCUCCAAGCUCCUCGAAUAGUUUGGAAAGUUCUCUGGUCAAAGACUAUAUCCAUUACAAUGGAGACUUUAAUUCCAAAAGCAUGAAUGGAUGUGUGCAUAGUCCAUCAGACGCUAAAAGCAUUAGUAGUGAGGAUGAUCUAAGGAAUCCAGACUCCCCUUCUUCAAAUGAGUUGAUACAUUAUAGGCCAAGGACGUUCAACGUUGGCGACUUGGUCUGGGGCCAAAUCAAAGGACUGACUUCUUGGCCUGGAAAAUUAGUAAGAGAAGACGACGUUCACAAUUCAUGUCAACAAAGCCCUGAGGAAGGGAAGGUGGAGUCGGAGAAGCUGAAGACACUAACGGGAGGUCUGGAAGCCUACAGCCGAGUCCGGAAAAGGAACAGAAAAAGUGGGAAACUAAAUAACCAUUUAGAAGCUGCUAUUCACGAGGCCAUGAGUGAACUGGACAAAAUGUCUGGGAGUGUUCACCAAAUCCCACAGGGAGACAGACAAAUGAGGCCCCCCAAACCCAAGAGGAGGAAGAUCUCCAGAUAACAGGGACUUCUGCACUGAUGCACAGCAUUCAUCCAAUGGAACGUGUGCGGCAGCAUCUGUAUGCUGGUAUUUAUACCAUGGCCAAUAGCUACCACCGCCGCAGGGUGCUAAAAGAAAACAGUGAUCCAAUAUUUUUUGAUCAGGAAGGAUAAUGAAUGCUGGAAAAACGAAUCAAAAAGCCCCGAAAGAGGAGAGUGAUGAAUGGUCAAGCGCUUACUGAGAAACUCUUUUUCUAUAAUACUACAAUUGUGAUGAUACAAAAUAGUCCAAAUGUUUCUGAGGAAUUUUCAAUGUUGUAUAGAGAAAAUACAGAAUUUCACGGUGAUAUCAGAGCUGUAAAUAUUGUACAAUAUUGUCAUGUACAAGCGUACCUAAUGCACACUUUAUCUUUUAUUGUACAAAGAAAUAGUGUACAAAAUUCUUUGGUUUCUAUCGCGUACACCUACCAGAGACUACCAGUGUAAAGUCAUAAAUAAAAAUACAACCUAACUGCUU